CAACGCGGGGCUGCGGACGGGGACCAGCGUGGCGCGGGCGCUGCCGCCUGCUCGGCGCGCCGUCGCGCCCACCGCCCAGGACGUGAUGGCGCCGUGCGUCAUCAAAGUCGUCGGCGUCGGCGGUGGCGGCGGCAACGCCGUCAACCGGAUGAUCCAGUUCGGCCAGGCGCAGACGGGAGCGGUGGAGUACUGGGCGCUGAACACGGACAUCCAGGCGCUCGACGCCUCGCUCUCGCCCAAUCGCCUCGGCCUCGGCGCCGGCACUUCGCGCGGGCUCGGCGCGGGCGGCUCCCCGGACACGGGCGCUGCGUCGGCAAAGGAGUCGUUCGAGGAGAUCUCCAAGAUGGUGGCGGGGUCUGACAUGGUGUUCGUGGUCGCGGGCAUGGGCGGCGGCACCGGCUCGGGCGGCGCGCCCAUCGUGGCGGAGGCGGCCAAGGCGGCGGGCGCGCUGACGGUCGGCGUCGUGACAAAGCCCUUCUCGUUUGAGGGGCAGCGGAGGAUGAGGCAGGCGGACGCGGCCAUCGAUCAGCUGAGGCAGCACGUCGACGCGAUGAUCGUCGUCUCCAACGACCGGCUGCUCGACCUCGUCGAGGAGGGCACGCCGCUGCAGGAGGCGUUCUGUGUCGCAGACGAUAUCCUGCGACAGGGCGUCGUCGGCAUCAGCGACAUCAUCAUCCAGCCCGGCCUCAUCAACGUCGACUUCGCAGACGUACAGUCGGUGAUGGGUGCCUCAGGCCUCGCUCUGAUGGGCAUCGGAACCGCAGAGGGAAAGACGCGCGCGCGCGACGCCGCCUUCGCCGCGCCGCUCAUAGACUUCCCGAUCGGGCAAGCAACCGGCAUCGUCUUCACCAUCACGGGCUCGAGCGACAUGACGCUGCAGGAGGUGAACGCCGCCGCAGAGGCGAUCUACGAGAUGGCCGACCCGGACGCAAACAUCAUCUUCGGCGCCCAGAUCGACGACUCGAUGGGGAACGUCCUCUCCAUCACCGUCGUUGCCAUGUUUUUGCGCCUGUCACGCGGUCCACGCAGCUCGCAGGUGUCCAGAUCCUUUUCGAUUUACAUGGGAGCGUGA